AUGUCUCUGAGCCCUUUCUCCUUUACCCAACGCACACUAACCUCUACCUUGUCUACGCAGGCAAUCUCCUCAGUAGCUAUCCUCAUUACAUGGGCCACCCAGAUAAGCGAACCUUCACGCAAGCUGCUCCUCAUCGUUCUCAUAAUUUCAUCCGGUGUUGUAAUCACAAGCAAGGGUAAGAGGCGGUUUAGUUCAGUUUCAGUUGAGUUUUUCAUUCAGGCUGGAGGAGUCGGGUUCGGAGCCACCCGUCUCGUGCUCAUCCAAGCCCUCCUGCACGGGCCCAAGAUGGACCCCCUCGUCUUUCUCCACCUCUACGCGCCUGUAUGA